CUUGAAUCUGUAUGCUGUGUUGUAAAAUCUUGAAGUUCUGGUUGAUACCUGGAGGGAACAUGGCCGAGGCCGCAGGAUUUGUUCUUGCUGUGGUGCCCAUGAUAAUAAGUGCCUGUGAACACUAUGGCGAAGCAGCUCGUGGCAUUCAGCGGUACCGGCACGCAAACAAGGGAGCGGAAGACUUGACAAUGAUGCUCGAGAUUCAAGAGGCAAUCUUUCGAUCGGCGAACGUGAGACUUCUUGCUUCCUGCGUCGGCGAGGAUGAAGCACGCUUGAUGCUGCGCGACUUCAAUCAUCCAGGCUGGAAAGAAAGCGGGUUGAUAGCUGACUAUCGGGCGAGAGUGGGAGAAUCACAGCAUGCUUUCACCCACUCGAUCAAGCUCAUCAACGAACAUCUGGAAAAUUUGCGAUUGACGAUCGAUGGCUUUGGCAAGCACAGCGAUCUCAAUGAACAAGAUGCUCAUCACGCUCAUCAUCGCAAGCUUUCAUUCAAGAAGAGGAUCAGGCUAGCUUUCUCACAGUCUGACAUUGAACAGUCCUUGGAAAGCUUAAUGAAAAAGACUCAGAACUUUUCCACCUUGAUAGCCCAAACAGAACCGUUGCAAUCAAGAACCUCUGAGACCAAACCUACUCUCUCGACAAGAAGAGAAAUUGCAAAAUUUGCCAGGAUCAGAGACGCAGCUAGCAACUUGUAUCAAACCCUGGGACACGCAUGUACGAAGCACGCAAGUCACCAAGCUCAUCUGAGCCUCGAAUCAUCCUGCAGAGACCUGGAAUCACCCCCAACGGACCCUCUACAAGUGCGCUUCACUAUGGCAUUUAGCCAAUUGACCUUAAAACCCCAAGCCACAGUGUCGGAUGUAUCUAAGCCCUCAGCCUGGCUUAGGAUCGAGUCAAGUGUCAGCGGUACGAUACAGCCAGAUACUGAUAAUGUGACCCUUCAGCACAUGCAAGCCAGCGCAAAAAGGACGCGAGAUAGUGAGGAUGACGAAUCUCCCCAGGCUUCGACAGCACAGGCAACGUCGAAACAAAAAAGGUCUGUCCGGUUCCAGUGUGCUCAGCCAGUAGCCCUACCAGUUGUGCCUGCGGAAGAACCAAUUUUACCAAACCUAUGCACAAAUGAGAAUUUCUGCCUACAGCUUCGCAACUUCAUCAAUCAAGCCAGACCCAGCACCAAAGCCGUGGGCUAUCUAGGCCAUCAAGGAUCUCAGAGACAUCUGAUAUAUGUCGACGCAAAGUCACAGCGAGUCACCCAAGGCAACGACACGAGCCUGCUCAAAUCUCUCCGCCAACUCCUCCGAAGCACCAGCAACGCAGGCCCCAGCAGUCCCAUCCUCCUACACUACGAACGUCUCCGCCUGGCGCGCCAGUUGUCGAUUGCAGUCCUUCAAUUUCGCUCGACGCCCUGGCUAGCCAAUUCGUGGAACAGCAACGAAAUCCUCGUUUCCACCUCCCAACCCUCCUUCACCACAACCAACGACACCACAAUGACAAACUCCCACGAACCCUUUGUAAGCGCCUGCAUCCGAAACCCCUACGACACGCCCGCUCGCUCCAACACGCUCCCCAGCCACACCUUAAUCCGUAACCAACUCCUCUUCCGCCUCGGCGUCAUGCUGCUCGAAAUCGCCUUCCAGAAACCGCUAGACGAAAUGAAAGAGACCACCGACAUCGACUGCCAAGACGACGGCAAUGCUGACUUCUGGGCGGCAGAUCGCCUGCGGCAUCAAGUCUCUGCGUGUCUGGCGCCGAGGUAUGCGGAGGUGGUGAGGAAGUGUAUCCAUUGUGAUUUCGGGAAGGAUUUCGAUCUGACGGCGACGAAAUUGCAGGAGGCUUUCUAUCAAGAUGUCGUUUGCGAGUUGAAGAGGUUGGAGGACUUGUUUAGGGCUGCUUCGACGGUGGGUUGAGCGGGAACAAAGAUUAUAAGGUGGAAGGCCGAUUCUAUACCGAUCUUGUGCCACGGUCGACGAGGUUGUCUUGGCCGUCUUACCAUGCAAAUUACGUGGCAUUGAGGGAAACCAUGCCAUCUACCUACAACCGUUGUCAUCAUCAGCACAUCUCUUCAAAAGAGUCCGCCAUUACAGAGUUGAAUUGGUGACCGAUAUGGAGCACUUGAACUUCAACGAGGCACCGGAACAGAGAAUUUGCCUCCAGUUUCUCAAAGUUUUUGCUAGACGAAGGGGCCGACCCAGACAACAGCGAAUUCCAUGGCUAUUCCGCAAUUGAGAACGCCACCUUAUAAGGACACUAAGAUCUUGUGGAACUUCUCUUGAAAUGCGGUACCGGACGACAUCGUGGUUCACCACCCUUGGGUCUGGCUCCCACUGGAGGGCACGAAGUAAUUGCAAAAAUGCUGUUGAAUAAGGCCCAACAACACAGACCAAGAGCUCAUUAUUAAAGCGGCUGCCAUUGGAACUAAAGAGGUGAUCAACGUCCUCCUCGCAAAGGGGGCCGAUCCAAAUACGACCAACACAUACCGUCGAUCGCCACUUUCCGAAGCAAUAAUGUACGGUCAUGACGAAGUGGCACAACUUUUGAUCAGCGCAGGUGCCAACGUGGAAUCAUCUGCGUCAUUGCUUUCUAUGGCCUCGCAAACGGGAAAUACAAGCUUGGUAGGAUGUCUUCUUUGGGCUGGGGCGAAUGUUCAUGCCAGAGACGAUGGAGGCUUUACUCCGCUGAUGUUUGCUGCUUUGUCUGGGUAUGAAGACGUAACAUCCAUGCUUCUAGAAGCAGGCGCCAACGUUAAUCCAAGAUCCUCCAAAGGGAAUACACCGCUGAGCCUCGCAGCAGGCAAUGGUCAUAGAGAGGUGGUAAGUAUGCUUCUGAGGGCUGGUGCUAACCCCGAGUCCAAGGACGACGUGGAGGUUCCCAAGAGUAAGACAACCGCCAAUGCCACCACCAAGACCAGUAUGGCCUUCAGGAAGAGGGGUCGAUGAGAUGCUCACCUCAGCGGACCUCCUGUGAGGGAUACUCACUGGCUGCGCUUCUUCCUGCCAUCUGUAUUGGCCGUAUCCAUCAUCGAUGGCACGGGCAUGUCACCUCGGGUCGCGAGAUCCACGGAGGUAGUUGCUCGAUUGAGCCUGGCAUUUGAGGGAGAGGACUUCCCCUUCCGCAUCUCUCCGGAUUAUACGAAACCUUUGCAGAAGUCUACACAUCAGCAGUGGUAGAUCCAGUACAGCAAGGUCAUAGCGCUCCUCUUGUGUCGUCAACCCUCUCCGUCACACCGACCAUCCAGAGUCCACCCUUUAUGCGAAGCUGAGAUGCCGGCGGAGCAUUCUCUCCGUGAACAUGAGGAUCUCCGAGUCGCGAUCCGGAUUUUGUUCAAUGCUCUGCCAGCAUCGGAAGGGAGCAUAACCUCUCCUGAAUACAGUCAAAAGAGAUACUUUACCUUUGCUACAGAAUGUGAUUGUCCUUGGC